UCGGUUAACUCAAACCAAGAACCAACUUCUAGAGAAGAACAGCACAAGCUAGAGAGGGUAAGGCUCAGGCUGAGGUGUCUGCUCCGUGAGGGUGACAGAGGGAGAGGAGAGCCGAGGCGAGAUGGCGUCUGCUGCAUUGCAGGGCUGCGCGCGGUCACUAGUCGUCGAGGCGGCCCAUGUCGUCGCGGCCUCCUCCUCCCCGUCUGCUCGCUCUGCCUCCUCCGCUCGCGCGUCGUUUCCCGCAUCCCCACCGAUCACAUAUGCAGCUCGCUCAGCAGCAGUGGGAUCGGCAGCAGUGCGAACAGCAGCCGCACGCUUCGGCGGCCCCAAGUCUACGAGGACGCUGCGUACAAACGGCAGCCGAAUUCAAUGCACUCUGACACCCGCUAUAGUCACAUCUGCCACGUCGACCGCUGCAGCCGCGGCGAUGGCUGCGGGGGGGAGCUCCGCUGUGACUAUAGCGAGCAGCUGGUUCACUCUCUGCACAGCUGCCGUCAUCCCCCUUUACACGCUCAUGAUCUUCGCGCCAGACUGGCACGUGACUGAGAAGAUCAUGAGCAGCUCGCUUCCGAGCAUUCUCCUGGGCUUCGUGUAUCUGUAUCUCCUUUACAAGUCUUGGACGCCCAACACGCUGCUCUACAUGUUCUCCUCCAAAUACUGGCUGCCCGAGCUAGCAGGCAUCACUCAGAUGUUCGCCAGCACGCUCACAGUCGCCUCUGCGUGGAUCCACCUGCUGGCCGUUGACCUCUUUGCAGCCAGGCACGUGUAUCUCGACGGCUUGAAGCAGAAGCUGGAGACGCGGCACUCUCUCGUGCUCUGCCUCAUGUUUGGCCCGCUGGGCAUCGCUGCCCACUCACUUACAAAGACCAUUGCUCAGAUAUUCCGCCGCUCAAGGAGAAGUCACAAUGCAUCGAGAGCUGUACAGGAUAUUCCCUCACCUCCAUAGGUCCAUUGAGCGUACAUGAUCCCUAAAAGUAGAUUAAGUGUUCAUUCUCAGCUUGCACAACAUUACGUGUACCAUUACUAAGGAAGCUACCAAGUGGUGGACUAAUUAUCCCUUGACGUGCUAUCUUCAACGCAACCUGUGCUGAUAGGUGG